UCUGCUUCCUGUCUUGUUUUUGUUUUUUUGCGCUUGUUUUCUUGCAGCUGCCUCGUUUAAUCGCGCUCUGUUACGCGUUCUUUUUCCUUUCUCCACGGCGAGGAUUCGAAAACAUAUCAUGUGGCUGACCACCGCGAUUUACGCACGCUAUUUUCUCUGCGUCGCCUUUAUUUGCAGCGUCUCGCCUCGGUUUGCUUGUUAAUUUGCUAACCAUGGUCUAAUUUAUUUAAAAAAAAAAAAAAAAAAAAAAAGGCGUAUAAAUGCACCCGCCACCGAGGAGACCUUUUUGCAUUUCGACUCGAAGAGGUGCGUGGGCCUCAGCUGCAUUGUGGCCCGGGCGCUGCUGGCCAUGAAGGGUCCGAGCGUCGCGGGAAACCGCCACCUGCUCGACCUGCUGGAGGCGGCGCUGGUGCGGGAAGCGCACCUCUGGAAGGCCCCCAUCUUCAAGGGCGGAUGCAUCCAGGGUGCUGACAUCUCGUCGUCCCAACACCAAGACACGAUCGUGUGGCUGGGGGACAUGAACAGACGCUUCCACUUCUGUCCGGAGACCUUGGCACUGGGCGUGUGCGUCCUCAACAGGAUGCUGUCCACAGUCAAGGUGCAGCCAAAAUACUUACAAUGUAUCGCUUUUACCUCAUUGGUCCUGGCCGCCAAACUCAACGAAGAAGAUGAGGUCAUAGGUUCAGUCAGCGACUUGGUUGCAGAGAGCAAAUGCAACUUUUCGACGGCGGAGAUCAUUCGGAUGGAGCGCAUCAUUCUGGACAAGCUGCACUGGGACUUGUACACCUCCACGCCCGUCGACUUCAUUCACAUUUUUCGCAUGACUGAAGUGGAAAACCAACAAAGCAAGAAGGUACUUUUAAGUGGAAAAGAAGCAUUAUAUUGAUGAGGGUCAAAGAGUGUUUCCCAAACACUUCACUUUCUGUAUUACAAAGACUUUAAUAUAAAGAGACGCAAUAUAAUAAUUUAAAAAAUAAUAAAAAUAAAGACAUUUCUUUUUUAAUAUACUGUUCAAAUAAGUAUCUUUAAAUAAAUACUCUCCACUGAGACCGAACAAUAUAUUUUCCUAGAUUUCUUUCAUUGUCAAUAUAAGCUAUGGAUAAUUUGUUACAGACAUCACCAUGACAACAAUGAGAUGCUUUUACCUCUGGAAUAUAGAGAAUACAACCAAAAUAAUAAAGAUUUUCAAUCAAAACCCCUUUGAAUGGUCCACAAAAUCCCACUUAAGAGCACAGCGUGAACAUGGCUUAUUAUGAAGCAGCUCCUAAAGAGAUGGUGUUCACUUUAUCCAUCUUUGGACCAAGUAAAUGUCCAGAAUGCAUGAAUGUCCACUCCACUGAAUGCAUUUUUUUUUGUUACCUUUUAUACCUGACUUAGGUUGGUUGUGACGCCUAUGGUCAGAGCACAGAAAAGCACUUUGCACAUACGAUACGAUACAAACGAGUGAGUGAAUGAGACUGAAGGUGUGGCAUGGUAAAGAUUCAUCGUCCGGCCUAACAACAUAGAUGAUGUUCGGGAGAGGUCCAGGAAGAUAACUGAUACAACAAUGACAUCAUGCGCUUAACGUCUGGCUUUCCUUCGUCUCUCGUCGCAGUUCCACGCCCUGCUGGUCUAUGGCCAUCCU